UUACAUCAUUGUUUAAUCGUUCACACCUGUCCUUGUCUGAUUAGUCUGUGUAUACAAGUCUAGUUCUGUUCCCCUUUGGUUUGUCGGUUAUUGUUUAUGUCACUCCAUGUAUUUAAACGUCUUUGUGAGUUGUUUGUGUGUGGAUUCCCUUCUGUUCCUGUUCGUUCCUGCUCCGUUGUAUGGAUUAUAAAAAUAAACUGUGUUUCCUGAUUUCCUCGUCACUACUCCUCAUUCCCGCAAACGACGCCCGUUUAUUUCUUUGUCACCUUUAUUUGUUUGCUGGAGGAUUCAGAGCAGAUCGAGACCGAAACAUCUCUCGAGGAGCUGCCUCUGUCUUCUGUCUGAAUAAACGUGUGGAACCAGUGAAUGAUGAACUACAGAGAGUCAAAGACCAGCACAAAACCAGCAUGAAGAUCAAGUAUGAGAGAUUAUUUGAGGGACUGAAACUCCAGGAGAAUCAAACCCUCCUGAACAGGAUCUACACACAGCUCUACAUCAUAGAGGGAGAGAGUGAAGGAGUGAAUGAAGAACAUGAGGUUUUACAGAUGGAGAAAACAGCCAAAACACAACACUCACAAGACACUCCAAUCUACUGCAAUGACAUCUUUACAGCCUCACCUGAACCAGGAUAUAAGAAGAAAAAAAAGAAGAACGACCAAAUCAAGACUGUUAUUACCAAAGGCAUUGCUGGAAUUGGAAAAACUGUCUCUGUGCAGAAGUUUAUUCUGGACUGGGCCGAGGGAAAAAACAAUCAGGAUGUAGAUUUCAUGUUUGUGCUUCCAUUUCGAGAGCUGAACUUGAUCCAAGAUCAUCGGUACAGUCUUCACAGACUUCUGCUGGUCUUUCAUCCUGAACUUCAAGAUCUGGACUCAAAGAUUUAUGAGGAGUGUAAAGUUGUGUUCAUCUUUGAUGGUCUGGAUGAAAGCAGAAUCACACUGAUGUUUUCAGAUGAUCAGAAAGUUUGUGAUGUGACUGAAACUUCAUCAGUGGGUGUGUUGAUGUCAAACCUCAUGAAAGGAGAGCUGCUUCCCUCUGCUCUCAUCUGGAUCACCUCCAGACCAGCAGCAGCCAAUCAGAUCCCCUCCAAAUACAUCAACCGUCUGACAGAAAUUCAGGGAUUCAAUGAGCCUCAGAAGGAGGAAUAUUUCAGGAAGAGAAUCAGUGACCAGCAUCAAGCCAGCAGAAUCAUCUCACACAUCAGAAGAGCAAGAAGCCUCCACAUCAUGUGCCACAUCCCCGUCUUCUGCUGGAUCUCAUCCACUGUGCUUCAGAAGCUCCUGAAAGAAGAUCUGAGUGCAGAAAUCCCUCGAACUCUGACUGAAAUGUACAUCCACUUCCUGCUGGUUCAGAUCAACAUGAGGAAUCAGAAGUAUGAAGAGAGAGAUCCAGAGAAACUCCUGCAGUCCAACAGAGAAGUGAUUGUGAAACUUGCUAAAGUGGCUUUCAAACAGCUGAUGAAGGGCAAUGUGAUGUUCUAUGAGGAGGACCUGAUUGAGAGCAGCAUAGACGUCACUGACGCCUCAGUGUAUUCUGGGAUUUGCACUGAGAUAUUUAAGGAGGAAUCUGUGAUUCAUCAAAGGAAAGUCUACAGCUUCAUUCAUCUGAGCGUUCAGGAGUUUCUCGCUGCUUUCUAUGUGUUUUACUGCUAUUUAACAGAGAACAAAGAGCCACUGCAUGAAUUCACAUUUUACAGAUCUAAUGACUCACUGUAUGAUCUACUAAGAUCAGCUGUAGAUAAAGCUCUUGACAGUAAGAAUGGACAGCUGGAUCUGUUCCUGCGGUUCCUGCUGGGCGUCUCACUGGUGUCCAAUCAGAGACUCUUACAGGAUCUACUGACACACACAGAGAACAGCUCAAAGAGCAUCAGGAAAACCACAGGGUUCAUUAAAAACAUUAUUAAAGAUGAUGAUGAUGAUGAUGAUGAUAAUGAUGAUGUUGAGAGGCUGUAUACACUUACGAGAAAACCUCAAAUGCUACACACAAAAAAAAAUCUACAUGGUAAUCUCUCAGCUGGUCAAUCCAUCAAUCUGUUCCUCUGUCUUCUGGAAGUGAAAGAUCAGACUUUGUCCAGAGAGAUUCAGAAGUUUGUGAAAUCAGACAAACACUCAGAGAAGAAACUCUCUGCUGCUCACUGCUCAACAAUCUCCUACAUGCUUCAGAUGUCAGAGGAGCCGCUGGAUGAGCUGAACCCCAUGAAAUACAACACAUCAGAUGAGGGGAGAAGAAGACUGAUACCAGCUGUGAUCAACUGCAGAAAAGCUCUACUUUCUGGCUGUAAUCUCACUGCUCAGUGUUGUGAGAGUUUGUCAUCAGCUCUAAAAUCCUCAAACUGUGUCCUGAGAGAACUGGAUCUGAGUAACAAUGACCUGCAGGACUCUGGUGUAAAGAUUAUUUCUGAUGGACUGAAGAGUCCAAACUGUCAGCUGGAGAUACUGAGUCUUGCUGGUUGUAAUCUCACUGAUCAGUGUUGUAAAGUUGUGUCAUCAGCUCUACAAUCCUCAAACUGUGUCCUGAGAGAACUGGAUCUGAGCUACAAUCACCUGCAGGACUCUGGUGGAAAGUUUAUUUCUGAUGGACUGAAGAGUCCUAACCGUCGGCUGGAGAUACUAAGGCUUGCUGGCUGUAAUCUCACUGCUCAGUGUUGUGAGAAUUUGUCAUCAGCUCUACAAUCCUCAAACUGUGUCCUGAGAGAACUGGAUCUGAGUAACAAUGACCUGCAGGACUCUGGAGUAAAGUUUGUUUCUGAUGGACUGAAGAGUCCAAACCGUCAGCUGGAGAUACUGAGGUUGUCUGGCUGUAUGGUGACAGAGGAAGGUUGUGGUUAUUUGUCUUCAGCUCUGAGUUCAAACCCCUCACACCUGAGAGAGCUGGAUCUGAGCAAGAAUGACCUGCAGGACUCUGGUGUAAAGAUUAUUUCUGAUGGACUGAAGAGUCUGAACUGUCAGCUGCAGAUACUGAGGUUGUCUGGCUGUAUGGUGACAGAGGAAGGCUGUGAUUAUUUGUCUUCAGCUCUGAGUUCAAACCCCUCACACCUGAGAGAGCUGGAUCUGAGCUACAAUCACCCAGGACGAUCAGGAGUGCAGCUGCUCAAACACAAACUGGAGGAUCCAAACUAUAAACUGCAGAAACUCAAUGUGGAUCAUAGAGGAGAAAACAUGAUGACAGGAGGACCACAAAAGUAUGCCUGUGAUCUCACACUGAAUCCAAACACAGCAAACACUCGGCUCAUUCUGUCUGAGGACAACAACAGGAAGAUCACACAUGUAGAAGAUUAUCAGCCGUAUCCUGAUCAUCCAGAGAGAUUUGAUCCUGUUCCUCAGGUUCUGUGUGUUGAGAGUCUGACUGGACGCUGUUACUGGGAGACUGAAUGGAGCGGAAAUUAUGCUUAUAUAUCAGUGUCAUAUAAAGGAAUCAACAGGAAAGGAGAAGGGAGUGACUGUUUGUUUGGAUACAAUGAUAAAUCCUGGAGUCUGUUCUGCUCUGAAAGCAGAUUCACUGUCUGGCACAAUAAUAACAGAACUGAAAUACCUGCUGUCCAUUCAUCCUCUAAUAGAGCAGGAGUGUAUGUGGACGUGUCGGCCGGCUCUCUGUCCUUCUACAGCGUCUCUGACACACACACACUCACACACUUACACACAUUCAACACCACAUUCACUGAACCCCUCUAUGCUGGAUUUGGGGUUUAUCCUGGUUCCUCAGUGUCCUGUGUGAUAUUAAACGGCCUCCUGUGAGAAUCAUCAGUGAUCCACAUGCGGCCAGGUACAGGAAGUGAAAUAUAGUGUGUGUCUUAGUGACAGAUUUUUCCAUAGUGUAACUAAUAGUUUAGGGCUCUGUUCUUUAUACAUCACUGAAUAUGUCUCACUUAAUGUGAUACCAGAUAUUAUAAUCUUGAAAAUUCCUGUCUGGCAAAUGUAAUGCCUUGAUUUGAUUUGUAUAUUUGUUUGUAGUGUGUUUUAUUGAUAAAGUCAAUAAAAUGUAUCGAUACUAGAAGG